UGGACAUGUAGUACGUGUAGUAGUAUGGUCUUGUGACCUGCAGCAUAGUCAGGAGUGUAUACGGCGGAGUAUAUACGUACGUAGCCAAUUCUCAGCAGUAUAUAUAGUACUAGGUCUAGGUGUGUGCACGAACUCCUACUACGUACUUACUCCAGUAUAGGAUAGUAUUAGUGAAGUAGUAGAUCUCUGUCACCGUCCUCCUCCCAUCGCUACUCUUUGUUAAAUGAGCUGUUUGCUCGCUGUCCCCCUCCUGCUGCUGCUGUUGGUUUGUUCGUUUCUUCCGCCAUUGAUCCCCACAGCUGUCGGUCCCUGUCCCCCGCCAGUGGCAGCUGCUGCGCCUUUGCUUGUUGUUAGCUCCGUCCUUCAAUUCGUCUCCCUCCUCCUCCUCCUCCCGUGUCCUCCUUUUAAAGGCGGGACGGCUGGCCCUGGCAGGCGGCCGGCCACACUCACUCCCCUCCAAUUCGAUCCUCCAAUCCAUCCACCCCCACGCCCAGCUCACCUCCUACGAUCAAUUGCUGAUGGGUUUCCCCGUUGGGUACUCGGAGAUGCCCAGGCUGGUGCUUCACCUCCUCUUCCUGCUCGGCCACCUGCGCCGCCUCUCCUCCUGCCUGCUCCGCCUCACCGGCUACGUCGACGACGCCGACGCCGACGCCGACCACUACCACUACCACCCUGCAGCUGCAGAUGUCUUCCGCCUCGACGAGCACUCCCCCGCGGUGCGCUUCGACUCUCUCCCGCCGGCGGCCGGCGCGGGCAGUGACGGCGGCUGCUGCGUCUGCCUCGCCGACUUCCACGCCGCCGCCUCCGUGCGCCGCGCGCGGGGCUGCCGCCACGUCUUCCACCGCGCCUGCCUCGACCGUUGGGCCCACCACGGCCACCGAACCUGCCCGCUCUGCCGGACGCCGCUCCUGCGGCCGCCGCCUCUGCUCCUCCCGCUGCCUCUGCCUCCGUCGUAGCAAACGGAGAGCCUCCUUCUUCUUGUUGGGGUCUUCUCUGCAAGAAUAACUUCCCUUUUCGACCUGCCUAGUUUUUGCGUGAUUUUGAGCAGGCUCAGGGACUCAGGGGGAUCAAAGACGACAAACAGCGGCCCUCCUGCAAGCCAAGGCCAAAAGAAAGGCCAAAAGAAAAAGAGAGAGAGAGAGAGAGGAAUACUUACUGUACUUAGAUGCUGAUAGCAGAGUGACAGACAGAUAGAUUUAUUUAGGACGUACGUUAGGGCAAUCUGUAUGUAUUUGUAUUGGAUUGUGGGAGGACUGAGCAAUUUAAUUUGCUGACAGGUUUUGUUUGCUCUCCUCAACUUCUUUGUUCAUUUCUUUUUUAUUCAUCAGAUGGGGUUUUGUGUUUGUAUCUUACCCUUCUAUACUGUUGUAAUACAUAGAAGAACAUGGAUGAUUUGUAACCUAUGAUUAAAAGAGACCUGCAUGGUGCAGCAGUGUGCAAA